CCUCAUUUUUCUUAUACCCAGUGUGAUAUCACAGGCUAACCAGCCUACAGUGUUUCUAUCAUCAGCAAAUACAUAGAACUGGCAAACAUGGAUGGCGACAAUACAACAAGUUCCCCGUCGAUUGACCCUAUCGAUAUCUCGAACGGUACCUGCUUUUACGCAAUUGAUUCGCCUGCGAAAAAGGACUAUAUCCCCUGUGGAAACAUUGCGGUCGGAGUCGAUUGGGCGUGCUGUGUCGCCGGGGACAUUUGUCUCGGCAGCAGGGCGUGUUACCAUUACCAUUUUGACAUCACCUACGUGGCCGGCUGCACUGACCCCAAGUUCGGCUCCCCCAACUGCCCGCACAAAGGCCAGUUCAGCAGCCAGCAAUGGGCGGGACUACAGCGCUGUGACCCAGACGACAGUAUAUGGGCGGGCUGCCCAGACACAGGAGAUAUUCCUGGCCUGAAGCCGCCUGCCAAGUGCACAUGCGACCCGGCCUCAGAGCUCUUCACCGACAAGCCCAAGCUCGACAACAUUGCCCUGCUCCCUACCAGCAGCGGCGGAUCCAUCUCGUGGUACCCCGGGAUGAGACCAACGAUAGAUAGGGCGGGCAAUUCAACGCCAGCGCCGACGUCUACAGGACCCUCCACCGCUUCAGGCUCUACCGUGCCAUCAACCUCGUCAUACCCCGGCAGCCCCAUCGUCGCCUCCCCCGACACCCCCAGCCCUUCCACCGUCCCCACCACCACCGGCUCGACCCUCUCCGUCGCCACACAGGCGGGCAUCGGCCUCGGCGUAGGUUUCGGCGCGGUGCUGCUAGGCUGUCUCGUGUACCUAGGCCUGCUCCUCCGCAAGCGCAAGAACAUGCGACAACAAGGCAACCCCUUCCUAAUCGGCGACGCAUCAUCGCCCCCAUAUCCUCACCAAACCCCUUCUUCCGAAUUUCAGAGAGACGUCUUGCAAAACGGGCUGCUGAUAGCAGCAACGCCGCCCCCGCCGCAGCCGGGCGGCCUCGGGCACGCGUAUGGAUUCAAGCCCGAGUUACCGGCCGACGAGCCUAAGCGCGCGAGCCCGGCGGCCACUGCACCAUCGCAGCUACACCCGCCCCAGCCCCCAUCUGUACCUGCAACUGCACCCGCGCCGCUCUCUGGACCGAUGGCCCAAAGCCACGCGCCGCGACACGGCAGCACGCAGCUACCGCAGUCGCCGUCGUCGCAGCAGCGCCAGUUCAAGGCGUAUAACCCGCUGCUGCACGGGGACUACGCUGGGCAGCGGGCGAGUAGCAGUAAUAGCAUUGGCAAUAAUGACACCAGCAACGUCACUAACAACCACAACAACAACAACAAGAAGAAGAGCGAGAACGAGAACGAAAACGAGAAUAGCGAGAACAACGAGGCCAAGGAAAAAGAUGAAAAGGGGGUAGGAGGGCUGCAGGUAGCGGGGACGAAUGCUGGAAGCCCGCUUAUAUCCCCGCUGAGCCCGCGGUCACCGAUGGGGUUCCCCUCCUCUUCGCUGCGGGCGAGUGAUGGUGGUGGCGGAGGCGGAGGCGGGAUCGAGAGGGCGGAGCCGUCGCCGGUGUCGCCUGCUGCUCCGCCUUCCUUGUAGCGUGAGGGGCGUGGAGGAAGGGGAUACCGGGGCUAGAGUUCUGGAGUGCUGAGGCUGUGGAGGGUGAAGGAGAUAAGAUGGAAGGGAUUAGGGAUUAGGGGGAGGGGGAGGAAAAGGGGGGGGGGCAUUACUCGGAGUUCAGGGCCUUCGCUUCGUCCAUGGUUCGUUUGCCUUUGCGUGUGUUGUGUGUUACCUACGCGUUGUGCUUUGAUUACCCCCUUUGGCAACAAAUGGCCAGAAUUUCGUGAGGUUUUAUCUAUUGAUUUAAACCUACUUGCUUGAUUUGUCACCCAGUGAUGGUAGAGAGGCUCGUCGCGUGUCGUGAUUAAUCAAGGAGAAAGAAAAGAGGAAGAAGAUGGGUGGAUUGAUGCAGGAUUGAUGGCGCUGACUUGACUAGUACGGAUAGCUGCAUGAUUCGCUACUACAGUAGCUCAAUAUCGAUCUGGCUUUGAUGAAUUAAGCUGUAUUGAAGCAUAGGCUCUAGUUAUAUUUUAAGUGCAUAUUCGUAU